GCAAGCAAGCAAGCAAAGGUGGCUGCAGCUUCUGGCGAGCGACAGAACCUCUUCGCAGGGGGAGAUAGGACUUUGAAAUGUCUUCAGAAUCUGCUUCUGCUCACGAGCAGCCUCCUUCUCCAGGCAGCCUCCGACUCCCAGAAGGGCGGCGGAUGAGGGAGCGUUCACCGUCUCCGAUGAGAGGCUACCUCAUCCCAAGCCCGCUUCCGACGCGGAGGACGCGCACAUUUUCAGCGACGACGAGAGCCUCUGAAGGGCCUACCUACAAGGGAGUGUGUAAGUGUUUCUGCCGCUCCAAGGGCCAUGGCUUCAUCACGCCUCUCGAUGGCAGUCCAGACAUCUUUGUGCACAUUUCCGACAUUGAAGGAGAAUACGUCCCGGUGACUGGGGAUGAAGUCACCUACAAGGUGUGCACCAUCCCUCCGAAGAACGAGAAGCUCCAGGCCGUGGAGGUGGUCAUCACUCACCUCGCUCCGGGGAUAAAGCACGAGACGUGGUCAGGGAACGCGAUCAACUCCUAGGCCGCCCUUACGCCGAAGCCGCCCCGAUCGAGGAAAUGCUGGACUUUCGGUAUUGUUCAACAACUGAUACUGACUUGAGACUUGACAGACGAGUUUUCUGCGUAUUGAGUGAGGUGGAAACACCAUUGUAAUGGGGGUCCAAAGGUGGCCAGAGUAACGCCCCCGCUUUUAUACAAAAAAAAUUAAAAAAUCGCAAACGGCACAACACUUAAGUUGACCAGGAAGAUGGGAUUUAGUUACGGCUUUGCUUUUUUUUUUUU